CCAGUGCGAAAGGCUCAACUUUUUAAUUCAAUAGUAAAAGACUGUCGUUAUAUUGAAAAAAUUAAGCCCAGUGUUUGGUACGAGGAUGAAGGAAUAGUAUUAGCAGAUCUUAUCCCAUCAUUUCUCGUACAAGCUCUUGUGGAUCAAAAAAGGCUUAACAGUGCGACAUUUGAAGACAUACAUAGAAAUUGUGACUUAUGUGAUAAGAAAAAUUUUAAUUAUACAAUUUGUGAAUUAAAUAGUGAUGCCAUCAAUGCACUUGCUCACUUAGAAUAUUCAUAUGGUGCUUAUAAUAUUAAUGACGGGACAAAUCCUAUUGAGUUAUUAUCUGAUCUUAUUAAG